GAACUCCUUCGCCCCGGGGGAGGCGCCGUCUCGGUUUUCCCGGGCAGGAAAAAGAGGCGCCUUGAACGUGGAAGAAGGGCGACGGGAAACGGGCCGGGACGCCUCCGCUGCCGCCUCCGCCGCCGCGCCGGCCUGAAAGUACGGAAAGAAAACGGGGGAGCGAUAUGGCGUCCUACGUGGAUAAUAACUUCCGCCAGGCGGUCAUGAAAAACCCGGCCGACAGGAGCCCCCAGGAUCUGGAGAUAGUAUAUUCUUAUUUACAUGGAAUGGAAGCUUUGUCUAAUUUAAGAGAACAUCAGCUCAGAAUCAUGUGUGAAACUGUGAGAUAUGAGCGGCAUGAAGCCAAUGAAGUUUUAUACUACCCUGAUGAUAUUGGGACCUGUUGGUAUAUUCUUCUGUCUGGUUCAGUAUUUAUCAAAGAAUCAAUGUUUCUUCCAAGGAGCAGUUUUGGGAAACGCUCUGCAGGAAGCUUCAGGCGUGGCUGUGAAUGCAUUGUUCUAGAACCAUCUGAAAUGAUUGUGGUGGAUUACAUGGAUGAAAAUGAAGAGUAUUUCCAGCGACAAGCUUCACAUAGACAAUCGAGAAGGAGAUUUAGAAAAAUCAACCAAAAAGGAGAAAGACAAACAAUUAUUGAUACUGUUGAUGCUUAUCCUGUAGGGAAGCCACCCUUACCUAGAGGUUAUCAUACGGAAUGCACUAAACAGCAGCUACCUGCAGAUUUUACAAAACUGCACCUCACUGACAGUCUCCAUCCACAGGUGACCCACGUUUCAUCUAGUCAUUCAGGAUGUAGCAUCACCAGUGACUCUGGCAGCAGCAGUCUAUCUGAUAUCUAUCAGGCCACAGAAAGUGAAGCUGGUGACAUGGACCUGAGUGGAUUACCAGAAACAGCAGUAGAUUCUGAAGAUGAUGACGAUGAAGAAGAUAUUGAGAGGGCUUCUGAUCCUUUGAUGAGCAGAGAUAUUGUUAGAGACUGUCUAGAAAAAGAUCCAAUAGACAGGACAGAUGAUGAUAUUGGUAAGCUACCAACAAAAAAGGAAAGGGGAACACCGGAAAGAUUAACAAUGCAUUUAGUCGAAGAACAUUCAGUAGUGGAUCCAACUUACAUAGAAGACUUCCUAUUGACAUAUAGAACUUUCCUUUCAAGCCCAAUGGAAGUGGGAAAAAAGUUAUUGGAGUGGUUUAAUGAUCCUAGCCUCAGGGAUAAGGUUACACGGGUAGUUUUAUUGUGGGUGAACAAUCACUUCAAUGAUUUUGAGGGAGACCCUGCAAUGACUCGUUUUCUGGAGGAAUUUGAGAACAAUUUGGAAAGAGAGAAAAUGGGUGGACAUCUGAGGCUGUUAAAUAUUGCAUGUGCUGCUAAAGCGAAACGAAGGAUGAUAACAUUAACCAAGCCAUCUCGGGAAGCUCCUUUGCCUUUCUUAUUACUAGGAGGCUCUGAAAAGGGAUUUGGAAUCUUCGUUGACAGCGUCGAUUUGGGUAGCAAAGCUACUGAAGCAGGGUUGAAACGUGGAGAUCAGAUAUUGGAGGUGAAUGGCCAGAACUUUGAAAAUAUUCAGCUAGCAAAAGCCAUGGAAAUUCUUCAAAAUAAUACCCAUUUAUCUAUCACUGUGAAAACAAACUUAUUUGUUUUUAAAGAACUUCUGGCAAGAUUGUCUGAGGACAAAAGAAAUGGUGCUCCUCAUCUUCCUAAAAUUGGUGAUAUUAAAAAAGCAAGCCGUUACUCCAUCCCAGAUCUUGCAGUUGAUGUGGAACAGGUGAUGGGCUUGGAAAAAGUAACAAAGAAAAGCAAAGCCAACACUGUUGGAGGAAGAAACAAGUUAAAGAAAAUACUGGACAAAACCCGCAUCAGUAUCCUGCCUCAGAAACCAUACAAUGAUAUUGGAAUUGGUCAAUCUCAGGAUGAUAGCAUUGUAGGUUUAAGGCAGACCAAGCACAUUCCACCUGCUCUACCUGUCAGUGGAACACUGUCAUCAAGUAAUCCUGAUUUAUUGCAAUCACAUCAUCGAAUCUUAGAUUUCAAUACAACCCCAGAUUUACCAGAUCAGGUUCUACGAGUUUUUAAAGCGGAUCAGCAAAGUCGCUAUAUUAUGAUAAGCAAGGACACAACUGCAAAAGAAGUAGUUGUUCAAGCUAUUCGUGAGUUUGCUUUAACCACCACCCCAGAUGCUUAUUCUUUAUGUGAGGUCUCUGUCACUCCAGAGGGUGUCAUUAAGCAGCGGAGACUUCCAGAUCAACUCUCCAAACUUGCGGACAGAAUACAGCUUAGUGGAAGGUAUUAUCUGAAAAAUAACAUGGAGACAGAAACGUUGUGUUCAGAUGAAGAUGCUCAGGAAUUGCUAAGAGAGAGCCAAAUUUCUCUACUGCAGCUCAGCACUAUAGAGGUGGCUACCCAACUCUCAAUGCGUAAUUUUGAACUGUUCCGCAACAUUGAACCUACAGAAUACAUAGACGAUUUAUUUAAACUGAAAUCUAAAUUUAACUGUGCUAAUUUAAAAAAGUUUGAAGAAGUAAUAAACCAAGAAACCUUUUGGGUAGCAUCUGAGAUUUUGCGAGAAACCAACCAACUGAAAAGGAUGAAGAUAAUUAAGCACUUCAUUAAGAUAGCUCUGCACUGCAGAGAAUGCAAGAACUUUAACUCAAUGUUUGCAAUAAUAAGUGGUCUGAAUUUAGCUCCGGUUGCAAGAUUACGAACCACGUGGGAAAAACUUCCAAGCAAAUACGAGAAAUUGUUUCAAGAUCUUCAGGACUUAUUUGAUCCAUCUAGAAACAUGGCAAAAUACCGCAAUGUCUUGAAUAGUCAAAAUCUACAGCCGCCCAUUAUUCCAUUGUUCCCUGUAAUAAAAAAGGAUCUUACAUUUCUUCAUGAAGGAAAUGAUUCCAAAGUGGAAGGUUUGGUGAAUUUUGAGAAACUAAGAAUGAUUGCAAAAGAGAUCCGCCAUGUGGGCCGAAUGGCUUCUGUUAAUAUGGAUCCUGCUUUAAUGUUCAGGACUCGGAAGAAGAAAUGGAGGAGUCUGGGGUCUCUUAGCCAAGGUAGUACAAACACAGCAGUACUGGAUGUCGCACAAACAGGUGGACACAAAAAACGGGUGCGUCGCAGCUCAUUUCUUAAUGCCAAAAAGCUGUAUGAAGAUGCCCAGAUGGCUCGAAAAGUCAAACAGUAUCUCUCUAACCUAGACUUAGAAAUGGAUGAAGAAAGUCUUCAGGCACUGUCGUUGCAGUGUGAACCAGCCAGCAAUACCCUACCCAAAACUCCAGGGGACAAACGGUCUGGAAAAGCUGAAACGUCCCCCGUAACACAUCGGUCAGGGAUGCAACAGAAGACUCAGCAGCAGCAACAGUCCAAAGCAAACCAGGUUUUACAGGUUCCUGCUGUAUCACUUUAUCCUUCUCGUAAGAAAGUACCAGUAAAAGACCUCCCACCAUUUGGCAUAAACUCCCCACAAGCUUUAAAGAAAAUUCUUUCACUCUCUGAAGAAGGAAGUUUGGACCGCCACAAGAAGCAAGCAGAAGACACAAUUUCAAAUGCUUCUUCACAAUUAUCUUCUCCUCCCACUUCACCCCAGAGCUCUCCAAGAAAAUGUUACAUGCUGGCUCCUAGUGGCACAGUGGAUAACUUUUCCGACUCUGGUCACAGUGAAAUUUCUUCCCGGUCUAGCAUUGUCAGCAAUUCUUCUUUUGACUCCAUGUCAGGGUCUCUACAAGAUGAAAGAAGACAGAGGCAUUCAGUCAGCAUUGUCGAGACUAAUCUUGGAGUGGGCAGGAUUGAAAGAAGAGCCAUGGUUGAACCGGAUCAGUACAGUUUAGGCUCCUAUGCAGCACUGUCAGAAAACAGAGGGUUCUAUGCUGCAGCCACCAUGCUUUCUUCUCCUAGUACGGAAGAGCUGUCCCAGGAUCAGGGAGACCGGGCGUCACUUGAUGCGGCGGAUAGUGGCCGGGGGAGCUGGACUUCUUGCUCGAGCGGUUCCCAUGACAACAUACAGACAAUACAACAUCAGCGAAGUUGGGAAACCCUGCCUUUUGGACAUGUUCAUUUUGACAAUUCAGGCGAUGGGGCAGGACUGUGGGCCUCAGGCAGUCACAUGGACCCCUUGAUGUUCUCCGAUCCUGGCGCAAAAUACGCCAGGCAGAGUCAAGGGAGGGAGGGCCUCGAUCAAGCACAGUCCAGAGCCAGCUGGGCCUCCUCCACAGGAUACUGGGGAGAGGACUCCGAAGGGGAUACAGGUACCAUAAAACGGAGGGGUGGGAAAGAUGUCUCAAGUGAAGCGGAAUCCAGUAGCAUGACGUCUAUGACAGCAGAGGACUCCAAACCCGUUGCUAUGCCGGCUCACAUAGCUAUGCCAACAAGUAACGCAAAGGGUCUUAUUGCUCGAAAAGAGGGUCGCUAUCGUGAGCCACCGCCAACCCCUCCGGGUUAUGUAGGAAUACCUAUUGAUUUUGCGGAAGGAAUUUCUCAUCCAGCCCGAAAACCUCCAGAUUACAACGUAGCACUUCAGAGGUCGAGGAUGGUGGCCCGGUCUAAUGAAGGCCCUGGGAUUUCAGCUUCGCCUUCCCAGCAGCAGUCACAGGGUCACUCCUCUAUCAGGCCCGUUAACAAACCUCAGUGGCAUAAACCAAACGAGCCAGACCCUCAUCUUGCUCAUUAUCAGUCUCAAGGGUUUUCCACAGAGGAGGAUGAAGAUGAGCAAGUCUCUGCCGUCUAAGAAUUGGAGCUUUCGGGAUUACAAGUAAGCCAACUUUAAGGAGAGCACAAGAUGACAUCCCUAAUAUAGGAGCCUUGGAACAUUAAUGAAAGGAUGGUGGACCUGUGCCUCCUUCCCUGCCUUAAAGCAGCAUAUGGGCUUCUUCUCCCCUCCUCCCCUCCACCCUUUCCUCCCUUGCAUGUGAAAUACUGUGAAGAAAUUGCCCUGGCACUUUUCAAACUGUGUUGCUUGAAAUGCGCAGUGCAGCGUUCUCUCAGCUCUCACUGUCGCUGUCUACCACAUCACACAGUAUCAUUCCAAAUCCCAAGAUCAACUCAUAACUCUUGACUGCACUCUCCCAUGCCUGGAAGCAUUUUAAAUUCUUUUUUUUCCUAUCUUAAUCAUUGAUCCUAGCACUUCACUUGAUUGACGAAGAGAUCAACUAGUGGACAAAUACAUUUGGCCUUUAUAAAGAAAGAAAUGUAUUGAAAUCCUUCAAGUACCCAGUGCUUGUUUCUUGUUUACAAUGCCUUUGUUGCUACUCUCUCUCUCUCUCUAUAUAUAUAUAUAUAUAUUGUAUUUGGAGAGGGAUAAAAGGUUACACCUGCGUUAACUACAGUAUUAUUUUGUAUUAUUUAAGAAAGUUUGCUAGCCUGGACUACUUUUUUUUUUUUGUUUCAAGUGAUGAUGUGGUUAGCUAAAAAUGGCAUGGUUUAUAGGAAGGAUUCAGCCUUUCAAGCUUUGUUUUUAGUGUUCCACUCAAAACACAGUGGAUUAAUUUCAGAAUUGUUGGUUUUGUUGCUUUGCAUCUCUAAUGAUGUGAUUCUAUUGACUCUUGCAAAUAAUCUGUGAAGAAAGUUAGUGUCCUUUUCCUGUGCCUUAAGGAAUACAGGA